GUCGAGCUUGCCUUGCCAUCGUCGGGACAGCAGAGUCAUAUCCAACUAGUUAUGGCAGAUAUAGAACAGGCACUCUCCAAGAUCAGGCCACAUACAUCCUCCUCGCUCCCGCACCAAAAGACUCCCGCGACGCUCCUCCACGCGCUCGAGGCAACUUUUCGCGAGCAGAACACCGAAGGCUCCCCCACCGCCUAUUUUGCUGCUCUCCUGACUACCCUUGAUGGCGCGCUGCAGGCUUCACCCACUACUGGACCUUCGUUAGGCGACGGCGACAUUCUUCCAGCCGUGCUGUAUCUUCUCGCACUUGUCGCUCCCUAUGUCCCAAUUCCAGUCAUCCAAUCGCAUCUGGAUACCGUCAUCUCGUUAACGACACCUAUAUUCCCUAUGCUUUUGCCUCAUGCGCCUCCGCUGCGAUCCCAGCUCGGUUUAUAUGGCUCAACCAUCCAAGCUCUCGAGCGACAGCAGCUGGAUACUCCUGGACUGCGGCAAGCAUUCAGCUUCAUCUUGAAGUUGACGCUUGAUCCACGGCCGAAGGUGCGCAAAAAGGCGGCUGAGUUGGUCAAGGAAGUUCUCGAAAACCCUCCCAUGCCCAUGUUGCGGCAUCCAUAUGCUCUACUCGUUGCUGAAUGGAUGGUUUCUGCGCUGAAUGAAGUGCAUGCCGGUCCGCCGCCUAGGAAAGGUAAGAAGGCAGAAACAGAUAUUUCUGACACUGCUGUCCAUCUUCUGGCUUUAUUACGCCCUGUCCUGCCUAACCUUCCGCUCAAUUCCCUCCCUACCAUCACUUCGUCUAUCCUCCUUCUUCCACUCCUUGGCAAUUCAUACCUCACCCAAUCAUCUUUUACGAUACUUUCGGAUCUCCUCAGCAUAUCGGUGGAAGAUCCAGCAAGCUCGAUCCAAGACCAGCUCGCGGACAUCCUGGAUGCUGUCCUUGCAUCAACUCCGCUUAAGACGGACGCCAUCCUCUCCCCAUCAUGGGCUGCCACCUUGGGAAAUGUCAUGCUAGCCAUCCAUGCUGCUGACCCGGAUGCAUGUGCGGCGGAGGUAGCGAAAGUAUGGAAGGCACUGUGGCCGCUGCUCGAGUCUGAAGAUGUGGCUACGAGGAGGGGCGCUGCGAAGGCUCUGGACAUGGUUGCGCAAUGCUUUACGCCGUCCCUCAUCGAUGCUGCGAUCCAGGAGAGAAAGCAUGCGGAGCACAAGUCCGUGAUCGGCAAGAUCAUUUUUCAGACAACGAGGGCGUUCGACGCAUUGACAUUUGCGCAGUCCAUCGCAGAACUGCUAUCCGUGGUGUCAUCGCUUGUAAAUCACUUGCGAUAUCGGGGUGGAUCUCGCACAUCACCUACCGCUGCAGAACUGUUACUGUUGCCGCUUAUCACGAAGGUGGGCGGAUUACGGCCAAAUAGGACUUUCGAAUACAAGGAGGCUGCGGACGGCGUCCUCAGCACAGCUAUGCGAGUGUUAGGACCGGAAGUUAUUCUUCGUGCUUUGCCGCUCAACCUCGAGCCGGCAGACAGACAAGCUGGUCAUGAACCGCGCGCAUUCUUAUUGCCUCUGCUCGCACAACCUCACCCAUCCCCUUUGGGGCACUUCGUAACGUACUUCGUGCCGCUUACGGAACGUAUGUUCGACCUACAGCAGAAAGCCGCCGCAGAAGGUCGGCAGUCAGAGGCGAAGGUGUGGUCUGUGUUGGUGGAGCAGGUCUGGGCAGGGCUCCCGGGGUACUGUUGGGGCACCAUCGACCUCCAACAAGCGUUGACACAGCAAUUCUCUCAACUCCUCUCGCAGCUGCUGUACAGUCAGACGGAUCUGCGUCCCGCUAUUCUCAAGGCACUCAAGAUCAUGGUAGAGUCUAACCUUGCGCUUACAUCAGGGGAGACGAGUAAAUUCCCUGAGUCCGUGCGCGAAGACGCGAUCUCGCCAGAGGCAGCGGCAGCCAACGUUGCGUUUCUACGCACCCAGGCUGAAAGUUGGCUCGCUGUUCUGUUCAAUGUGUUUAGCAGUGUAGGACGGGAUAACCAAGGCAUGGUAGGCGGUGUCGUCAGCGCGUGGGCCACGAUCGCGGGUGAGCAGGAGAUCGCUGGAGCAUAUGUCAAGCUUGUGGAGCUCUUCAAACAGAAUCUGACGAAGCUGCAAUCGGCAAGAGACAAUGGCCUCAAGGAUGCAGAAAAUAUUACUGCCGUCACCCAGGACCUGCUGAUCCUUGUCCUCCCGCAUUUAUCAUCAGCGGAUGCCACUGCACUGUUCAACCUCUGUCUGUCUAGCGAGAUCCUGGAGAACAAGGAUAGUGGCGUGCAGAAGCGCGGAUAUAACAUCCUCACCAGGCUGGCGGAAGGUCGCAAAGCCGCUGUGGAUCCUCAGGCUGUCCUUCAACAGCUAGAGCAGAAUGUCGACGGGCUCACGGCUGCCGCGAAGAAGGACCGCUUCCAUCUCCUCACGCAGCUUUUGUCGCUGGUUCAGUCCACGAACCUGCACCUACUCCUGUCUAUCAUCCCAGAGGCGGUGCUUGGCACAAAGGAGCCGUCUGUCAAAGCCAGGAAUGCAGCAUUUGACCUCAUUGUGGCGAUGGGCAGGAAGAUGGCCGAGGGUGGUGUGGUCAGGCGCAACAUGGUUCAUGAGAUGGACCAAAACGAGGCGCCAGAAGCUAAGGCUACUAUGGAGGAGUACAUGACCAUGGUCGCCGGCGGUCUGGCCGGAGCAACACCGCACAUGAUUAGCGCCACGGUUACGGCGAUCUCACGACUAGUCUUCGAGUUCAAAGACUCCAUCUCUCCGCAGAUGCAGACCGAGAUAUUCACGACGAUGUUGGUCUUUGUGACUUCUGCGAAUCGGGAGAUCGUCAAGUCCGUUCUGGGCUUCAUCAAGCUGGCAGUCCAUACCAUGCCUGCUGAGCUUCUGCGGCCACAUCUCAAGGAGCUCGUCCCCGCCUUGCUAAGAUGGUCUCACGACCACAAGAAUCAUUUCAAGGCUAAGGUACGGCAUAUAUUUGAGCGCAUGAUCAGGCGAUUCGGCUGGGAAGACGUAUAUGCGUGCGCCCAAGAAGAGGAGGCCCGCAAGGUCCUAGUGAAUAUAAAGAAGCGUAAAGAGAGGGCUAAGCGGAAGAAGGCACUCAAUGCGGAGAAUGAAGACGAAGAGGAACCUGUGCGCAAACGCGCGACAGGCGGUGAUGCCUUCGAAGAUGUCUUGUAUGGAAGCGAGAGCGAGAUCGAAGAUAGUGAUGAUGAGAUUCCGACUGAGUCACACACACGGGGUGGCAAAUCCAAGGGCACAAUUGGUGGCGCUCGUCUACGGCUGGAUGAUGAUGACCCCAUGGACCUUCUGCAGGGUGCAUCAUCUCGACUCACUGAUGCCAAUGCUGGUAGACGCCGCAAGCCUGGCCAGGAGGCUGCACGUUUCAAAACAGAUGAUACUGGCAAGAUGGUCAUCGACGAAGAGGAUUCGGACGACGGCGAAGGAGCUGUCCAGGAUGAUUUGUACAAAGAGAGCCUGAUCUCUGCGGACGGCUUUUCGCGUGGGCCCAACGGGCGCAUCAAGUUCAAUAAGGAUACGAAAAAGCGGAGGCGCGAGAGAGAGGAUGCGGACGAAGAUGUCGAGAUGGUUGAUGCGGGCACGGCGGCUUCUGGGAAGAAGAACAAGAGGAAAACUAAUGUCAGGCUGGGACACGAGUUCAAGGCGAAGAAAGCUGGAGGCGAUAUCAAAAAGGGUGGCGUGGAGCCAUAUGCUUAUGUACCGCUGUCACAGGCAGCGAAAAAGCAAGGACGCCGGAAUCGGGUUGGGAUCGCGGGCAAACGAUGAGGUUGUCGCUGUCGUUCAGUGCGAUGUGUCCUGCAAUAACAGUGCUUACUCCUUGGAUGUUGUGUAUGCUAGCAAGUAUGGAAUCGGCGAAGACCUCCCCUUGAGGAUGAAGCUCGCGGGAAAAUGCCCAUCCACUUGUAUCGACUGGGAUCCUCGUCCAUUAUACUAUGUUUUAAUGUUUCCAUUUCGAACCUGCUGAGUUCAGGUAGACUGUCUCAUGAGUAUGCGAAGGGCAGGCCAACAGCACAUAGACUACAUUCAUGUACUACAAGUGCGC